CGUGUUCAUUUGUGUCCCUUCUUUGCAUUAAAAGAGGAGCGAGUCUCCAGAUAAGAAUUAAAAAUUGAUACACAAACCUGAAAAUCCAUUGACAGCUGCCGCUUUGAUACAUGGAGUCACACAAUACUUAGAUAGUCUUUCGGCGGAGCUGCAAAUUUUACAAGCGGGCAAAUCGAACCCGAAAACAAGGUGGAGUGACAGAAAGGGAGGCUGUUUAUGUAGCUAGCUUGCUAGCUGGCUAGGCUACAGGGUCUCUGACGAGGAGGACAAAACACUGAAGAAAAAUUCGACAAUCACCCUUUCCUGACGGAAAGGGCUACGGCUUUCCUCCUCCUGACAAGCCUGCCGUUAUGGCUCACCUCCGGGACUUGAGGAACCAGAACUCUCGUCUGGACCCAGAGGAGUACUUCACCAAGCUGGAGCGCAUUGGGAAGGGCUCCUUCGGGGAGGUGUACAAGGGCAUCAACAACCGCACCAAGGAGGUGGUGGCCAUCAAGAUCAUCGACCUGGAGGAGGCCGAGGACGAGAUCGAGGACAUCCAGCAGGAGAUCACCGUGCUCAGCCAGUGCGACAGCCCCUUCGUCACCAAGUACUUCGGCUCCUUCCUCAAGGGGACCAAGCUGUGGAUCAUCAUGGAGUAUCUGGGAGGGGGCUCAGCCCUAGACCUGCUGAAGCCGGGGCCUCUGGAGGAGACGUACAUCGCCACCAUCCUGAGGGAGAUCCUGAAGGGGCUGGAUUACCUGCAUUCCGAAAGGAAGAUCCACCGGGACAUCAAAGCAGCCAACGUGCUCCUGUCGGAGCAGGGUGACGUGAAGCUGGCGGACUUUGGGGUGGCCGGGCAGCUGACGGACACUCAGAUCAAGAGGAACACGUUUGUGGGCACGCCCUUUUGGAUGGCGCCCGAGGUCAUCAAACAGUCGGCGUACGACUUCAAGGCGGACAUCUGGUCCCUGGGAAUCACAGCCAUCGAGCUGGCGAAGGGGGAACCCCCAAACUCAGACCUGCAUCCCAUGAGGGUCCUCUUCCUCAUUCCCAAGAACAAUCCGCCCACCCUCGAGGGCACCUACAGCAAGCCUUUCAAGGAGUUUGUGGAGGCCUGCCUCAACAAAGAUCCCCGAUUCAGACCCACAGCCAAGGAGCUGCUGAAGCACAAGUUCAUCACACGCUACACCAAGAAGACGUCCUACCUGGCGGAGCUCAUCGACCGGUACCGCCGCUGGAAGUCGGAGGGCCACGGAGAGGAGUCCAGCUCCGACGACUCGGACAUGGACGGUGACGGGGACGACAGGGACCAGUGUCCCAUGUGGACCUUCCCCACAGUGCGGCCCAGCUCCCUGAACAAACUGCAGAGGAGCUUCAACAAUUCGGACUCAAAGAUGACAGAGGCAGUGAAGAGGCAGCCCAAGUCUCAGUGUCUCUCAUCGCUGAUCACACCCAUCUUCAGAGAGCUGAAGGAGAAGCGGCACGCGGGCGGCGGCAGCUUGGGCGCCGUCGAGGAGCUGGAGAACGCGUUCAGCCUGGCCGAGGAGUCCUGCCCGGGCAUCUCCGACCGCCUGGUCACGCACAUGAUGGAGAGAGUACGCAUGUUUUCACUAAACGGGAACACCACGCCCUCGUCGCGGUGAGACCCGGUGGCUGCCAUCCCACCACCCCCCCCCACCCCCCCACCCUGGGAAAACCAUCUGGACAAACCCCUCCCUGCCCAUCCAGUCCCAGGUGCUUCUGGCUCCCAGAGACCAGAGCUCUCCUGCUCACCACCCCCUUCCACUCCCCACAGACCUUUUAAUUAGAGCUUACAAUCCAAUAUUUUUACACUUUUUCGUCAUAGAACUGUGAAUGUUUAAAAAAAAAAACAAAUUUCAGGGGCUGUGUAUAAACCAUGAGGCCAUGUCAUACCCAAUAAACUCAACGGAGGUGAAGGCGGGUCGCUAGUUAUGUGCUUCUUGGCCGGGCCCACCCGGCACAACGGUCACAUGCGACGGAGGUCGAUGCCACGCAAAAACAUGAGGGGGAGGGGAAAUCCAGAGAGGAGAGAAAGCAGAGACAGGAUUGCUGUUAAAGUCCAAAUUUUAUUUGUCUUUUCACUGAAAUAACGCUUGAUCGGCAACAUGCAGGGUCUGCAGGAACGGGACUCCUACACGCUACUAAAUAAAUAGACAGGAAGUCAUGUGAGAGUGAGAACAUCUCUUGAGGAGGAAAUAAAUCAAACGAGCAAGGUGGGGACAGACGGGUGCAUGGCGGAGCCCCCUGACCGGUUUCUAAACGCUCCCCGAUAAAGAAGUUACAUUUCUUCUUUUUUUUUUGGGUGGGGGGGCGGUGAUGCUCGGAGCUCUGUCCCACAGGCCCCUCGCGUCCAGACCGAGCGAGAGAGAAUUCCAGUCCUCACAUACAACAGAGACUACAAUGCAGCUGCACUUUAUAACAGGGGGGGUAUAUGGGGCUGAAUUCUCACCAUUAGCCAAUGUAAAGCAACUUGUGCUCACUUUGAUUUAUACACAGUUUACAGGUAGGGGGCGCUGUUCUUUCGGUGACCAGGUUUCCAUGUCUAAUUAAGACCUCCAGCGGCGAGUGAUCCGUCGAGCAAUCUGUAACCGUCCUCCCACAGCAAUACCUGAAUGACCAUAGCGAUUUAAUUUUUACUAACGAUGUGACAUUUCACGUCGAUUCAUCGAGAAUUGCGGUAUAAAAUACUGUGUAUGGGUUACGAUGUCAGCUUAUACUGGCCUUUGUGCAGAAGGGAAAAUUGAUAUGGAUGUAAACUCCCAUUGACAACUAUAAAAGCUCUCACAGAAGGAAAAAUGGACAUUGUCAUUACAUGGAAUACAUGCCUAUUAUAAAGGUUUUUACUGAAGAACUAAACUAUUUCAAAUGAAAUAUUUUAAACGUUUAACUUGGAGAGGAGCUUGGAUGAACUAAAAAAUAUGAUACUGUUUGUACCCUCAGUACAACAUCAAUGCUUUCCUGUUAGUGACAGUGCUCAUUACUCUUUAAUUUGAAACAUUUUGGCAUUCUCAAAAUGAUGAACAUAUUAAUUGUUUAAGCCUGUUAUGUACUAAAAAUACUGUGAAAACCUGUAUGUGCAAAAUAACUCACCCACUGCGUGCAGUGCACCUGACAGACACUGCUGUACCAGUGUGUUCAGACAGACCUUUAUGCUUCUUUCAAGUGUAAUCCAUUCAGUUUAAAUGUAGUUAAUUUGCCUGCACCAAACUCAUUUGGACUGGCUUUAUUUUUUCAAUUAAGCACGGCUAAUUGCCUUGUUGUGUGUUCAGAAUGGGUACAGAAAAGCAUAGUGGAUUUCAACAAAUCACAGAACCCAGUCACCAAACACAGUAUGCCCCAUGAGUAGACCUGGCAUACUACUGGUGCUGUGAAGCACUAGCCAUUAUUUAAACACACACUGCAAAAGCAGUUUAAAAAAAAAAA